AUGUCAACGUCGUCGAAGAAGAAUAUUAUCUUAAAAAGCUCCAAUGGCAUGCACUUUAUGGUUGAAGAAGCGGUGGCUCUCCAGUCGCAGACCAUAGCCCAAACAAUUGAAGAUGGCUUAGUCGGAAACGGAAUCCUUAUUCCCAACGUCACAGGCGAGAUCCUCUCCUUAGUGAUCGAGUAUUGCCAGAAACAUGUGGCCGUCGUCGAUGAUUCGUCUUCUUACUCCCUAGAGGAUCUCAAGCAUUGGGACGCUGAGUUUAUGAAUGAUCUCGAUAAAUCGACGCUCCUCCAUAUGAUGAUGGCUGCUGAUUUUCUAAACGUCAAAAGCCUCGUUGAUCUCACUUGUCAGACCAUCGUUGAUGUGAUGCUCACAGGUAAAACUGUUGAAGAGCUUCGCAAGACUUUCAACCUCGAGAACGAACACAUCCGAGCAAGAAGCACAGGUUCGCAGAAAAUAUCAAUGGGCUUUUAA